UAUUAGUUUUACUGUAUAAAAGUGAUCGAUAGGUGUUUUUAUUUUCUUUCAUUACCCUGAAUUUGUCCAGAGGGCGCUGCAACUACGAAAGGUCCGCUCCGCCACGCUAAACGUAUAACUGAAACGUGAAAAUCGCCCGCUGCUCCGCUUUAACUUAGCGGGGCCCCCCCACUCGGUGCAGAGCGUACCAUAAUGGUGCUCGACUAGAGCACUCUGUUGUGUCUCUUCUUGCCCGGAGUGGUAUUCUUAAAGGGACACUAAAGGUUACCAGAAAGUCAAGUUAAAGUGGUAGAGCAAUGUUUUAGAACAUCUAAGGCGUCAAUAUAAUCGUGAACAGAGCUUUAGUAACCGAGAAAUUGAGGUAAAUGCAUGACACGAUUUGAGACCCCCCAGCGACAUUCUGGUACUAGCCCGAUGACGAAAGCACUCCUCAUAAUUUAUGUUACUAAUACUCAACAACUCGUAUUAAAAAAAAAUUUCAUUCGAUUAUAAGACGAAAGAAAAUGCUACUUGUCCACGUCUAUUCGAUUCUAAGAAAAAAUAUCAUUUUGACAUUACCCUUCAGUAGUAUGGGUGGUUGGAAGGUUUCGUUUUCGCUCGACUCUGCGUCACGCACGCUUUGGAGUUUCAGUAGUUUCGUUAUCGUGUCGUGCUGUGCGGGUUCUGCUGGCUUGUGAAACUUUCAUUUGGAACAAGCAGCGAGAAUGGCACGUCCAUGUGAUGUCGUGGGAUGCCCAAAUGGUCCGCAGAACUUGGCCAAGGGCAGUUGCAGCGGCAGAUCCAACGUUACUUAUCACUGUGUGCCAAGGAGUGAACCUCUCCGUUCGAAGUGGUUAAGUGCCCUACCUCUGCUACAACUCGUUGGCAAAGAGCCGAAAAAUCGCGUAGUGUGCUCGCUGCACUUUCGUCCAGAGGAUUACGAGUUGAACGCCGAUUUACUGAAGUCGUGUGGAGUGCCUAUCAAAGCAAUGCUUUCCCGUAGCACUGUUCCGUCGGUCUUGCCUACAUUCUCCGAACCGCAAGAACAACUGCAGGACGAACACGAGGCAGUGAGUGCGGCAUUUUAUUUUCACGAAGGAAAAGCUACAAAUGUGCUAAUAUGUACAGCCAUGACAUAAAGUUGCUUGUAUUUUCAGGCUGAACGUAGCGAAUCGCAAGCCAGCGCUUCGACAGUCGACACCUCCUACAAAAGCGACAUGCAGGCGACUUGUGACGCGGAGACAGAUGCAAGCCUCUCGUCGAGCACUGCCGAAAAAAUUGCAGUAGUAUUAGAAAUACGAAAUCUGUACAAGUUCGUCUGCCCGGCACGAGCAUUGGAGUUCAAGUUAGCACAACAAUGAAGCAAACAAAGGGAAAGGAAAUGCAGGUUUGCAGGAGAAGGAAGCCCGUGACGUCAACACGUGUGAAGAGGUGUUAUAGUGCUCGAAGAGUUGACAGAGCUAAGCGACAGCGACAAACAUCUAGACAGGAGGCCAGCUUUCUCGCCUCACCUGAUGCAUCACCGGUAGCUUGCAAAGCUGACAGGCUUGACACGACAUAUGAGCCAGACAACUCGUACCUUGGAUGCAACAUUAGCUGAUGAAAACGAUGAAGAUGAGAUACACGCAAACCGGAAGGACUACUUCCUUGUCCACAUCACCUGCCCGGUCACCCUUCUGAGUCAGUGCCGCACUUGUUUGUCAGCUUCAUGCACAGUGAACCUGUUUUACACUGGCACACGCAUUACAGCAGAAACUGAAUGUCUACACGCACAUGUGCAUACGUGGUCCAGCCAGCCACUUGUUGGAUCCAAGCUGAGGGGCAACAUCGACCUGGCAACAGCUCUGCUUUUAUCCGGCUCAAGUCCUACUAGUGCACUCAAGAUGAUGCGGCUGAUGGGUGUGCAAGUCAUGAGCGACCAGGCUUUCUUCAGUUACCAGCAGGCAGACCUUCUUCCUUCAGUCACGACGGUCUGGGAUGAGCAUCAGGAAAUUUUGCUGACAGAGCUCAGCGAUACCAGCCUGCAGCUUUGUGGGUAUGGGCAAUAUGAUUCCCCUGGCCACAGCGCCAAGUUCCUCUUGUACUCCUUCCUUUACCCUGAAAAGAGAAAAAUCAUACACACAGAGCAAGUUCAAGUGAAGGAGAGUGAACAAGUGCAGGCAUGUGCCCAGAUAGAAAAAGAGGGCCUCAUAAGAGGUCUCAAAUUUCUUUUUGAGCAAGGCAUGACUGUGAGCUCAUUGACUACAGAUCGCCACUCGGGAAUUAAGAGGCACAUGCGGCUGCAAUGUCCGGAGAUCAACCAUCACUUCGAUGUGUGGCAUGUUGCAAAGGACUAUGUGCAAGACCUGCACAAGAAAGUGAUGGAGCUGUGUGCACAGUAUGAAACAUUCUCAAAAGCACUUGCACAAGCGGAGGAAAGUGUUCCAGCUGCAUUUUCAUCUCGAGAUGACCAAAGAGUGGCCAAGAGAGACCUUGUAGCUGCACACAAAGCACGGUUCCUCAAGUUCUGAUGUGGUGCACAGAUCGCCAUCACGCAUUUUCUUGACUCUUCCUGUCUGUUAACAAUGUGCUCAUUUUCAAAGUGAUCAUUUCAUUUCAAGAAGCACUAGCCGCAGCCUAUACGAUACAAAAAUGUUAGCUUAUAUGCUAGUUAGAUGGGCAAAUUUAGCUUCACUUUGAGCGAGUGCGCUGUUAGUGUGGUUAUAAGAAAGUACUUUGUUGUGUCGCUUUAGAAAACAAUGCCAAAACAAAGGAAAUGGCCGAACAGAAGAGAACAUUGUUAUUUCCUGUUCUGAUGAAACAUGUAAACAAUAUGUCAAAUUGCUUGAUUUCCUGAGUCCUGGUAAGGAAAGAGUUAAACACGCAGACAUGAUUCUUCCUGCUCUGCCGUAUCGCUGGAAUUCUAGUCAUCACUAACUUUUCCAUUAUGUAUACAGUGACGAAACACAUCAUCAACAAGAAUACAGAGGGUUUUACUGCUCAGCACUUUAGCUUUAAAUAACAGAAAACCUUGUGACUAGUGAUACGUGCUGACAGGUAAGCAUAAUAUUUUUUGAUAUCUGAUGAGGAACUCAAAUGUUCACGGCGAUUUAUCGAUGACACUGCACUGCUUCCACUAUUUUCUUUCCCUCUAAAACUCUGGGUACUUGAACCCUGUGGGUGUUUCUGUGGGGAACGUCACCCGAAUUUUCGCAACAGCACAUGAUGGCAACACAAAGCGUUCGCCUUUUCGAAGCCGCCCCCACAGCCAGCGUGCAAAUUGCCUGCAUGCUGUGUACCGGUACCUGCUGUAAAAAAAAACACAAAACAAUUAUUACAUACUUGCAUGGAAACAUUCAGUGAAUUGAAGGCACUUCACUUGGUUGGAUGGAUUGAUGCUGUGAGUAGCUUCUGUGGAAGAGGCUGCAGGCUAUGGCCCCCAAGUAUUCUUUUAUUGAUAUUAUUAAGACAAUUUUUCGUGGCCAGUCAAACUUGCAUCCCAUGUUAAAUAAGUGCCCACCAGGCACUGAAAGUAAACAAGCACAGGUAAUUGUUGUAAAUCUAUUCAUCAGCCAGCAGGACUAUAGUGGCUUUACUUCACAAGCCUAGAAGGGGGUGCUCUCUCCCUACAUUUUUUUUUUCAUAUAACUGCUCCAUGUUCAACAUAAUACAUUUAUAAUGUCUUUUUAAGCGGCUAGUUCCCUGCUCAUAUAUUACCUUACAUAAUGUGCCAUAACUUUACUUCAACAUUAGGUAGCAGUCGACAGCCAGUGUACAAAUCCAAUGUGAUGUCAGUUUUUCAUUGUUUGUAUGUUUACUAUAACAUGACUGUGUGGCCCACAGAUCUAUUAGGAGGUUCCUGUUGGUGUCAGUGAAUCCAUUCAUGUCAACCAUGUGUACAAGUAUUUUUUUUUUAAACAUGAACUACCUAUUCUUCUACCCAUCCGCUACAUCUUGUUGCCACCUAUUUUGCCACUUUCAACCUAAAGAUAUCUUGUACGCAUAAACCUUGAUCUCUUUUGCUACAUUACUUUAUGAAUGAGCAUACUCAACUGUCCAUUUCUAUUUUUAUUUUGUAUAUCUAGCA